AUGCAUGACCGCACCUCUCCUGAUCCAGUAACAUAUCUUGGCUAUCCCAUAUGCUCCAGUUUAUCCCAACGCAACCUCGCUUUCCAGCAACUCUACAACAAUAUCCAACAAUGCAUCCAUAUUCACUCCCAACGGAACCUCUCCAUUCGUGGAAGAGCUACCGUUCUCAACACACUCAUUUUCUCGAAACUCUGGCAUCCUCGCCAUCAUGGCGGCCUCCAAGUUUUAGAUCCCAUUGUCCAACAACAAGCUCUCCAAUGGCGCUGGAUUUGCCCCCUCAUUUUGGCCGCCUGUCAUUCACCACUAUUACCGACAUACACCACCCCAAGCAUUCCACUCCUUCAGUACACCUUGCAAUGGUAUUUCCACUCUACCGCUUUCUCUGAUUACUUUUACUACUUACUCUUUCCUACUGCUCGACAAACCAUCUGGUUCCAACAUCGACCCAGCCCACACCAAGCUUUCCUUAACAUACUCACCAAUGUCAUUACCACCAUGGAUCGAAUACCUCGCUCCUUCACAACCUGUCACUUAGAUUUUCAUACAGAAACUACUCGCAAUAGAUGUGCUUACCUUGACUUCGACUUACAAGUGAUCCGUCUUAGAAACUGGACAUUCCUUGAGUUUUGCCAUUAUCCAAGAAUAUCUCAUCGAGUUGCCCGUUGGAUUGAGGAAGGCCAAAUCUACCUCCAACCAUUCUUUCUCGCUCUCUGCCGUCAGGCCCCUCGCCAUUCAUUUACCGGUGCCUCCUUUGGUGCCAGCCCCCACAACAUCCGCCCACUCAUUCGCCGUCUUAUCAAACCUAUAACACCACUACCUCCAACAGUGCCACUCAACAGUAUUCAAUACUACAAACACUUGGUUUCCACUGAAAUGCCCACCAUCAACACCUCACCUCUUUCCCCAUCCCAAUGGCGCCUCUUUCGGAAACUACCUAUUCUCCUUCAAUCCCGAACUGUAUGGUAUAGACUUAUCCAUCGAAAAAUUCCCUCCAAAUCGAUCCUCCACCACUUCAUCCCCACAACUCACCCUUCACCUUCGUGUUCUCUCUGUUUGACCCAGAGCCCGGAGGAUAUCCAGCAUUUCUUCUUUACUUGUCCUCUCAAACUCGCUGUAUGGCGGUUCCUUGCCACUACAUACCUAUCCCACACACCGAUGACCGACGACGCCCUUCUCCCAUUCCUCCACGGCAUUCAAACUCUAUCCAUAGCUGAACCCACUCGCUCUGCCUCCUUAUCUUUUCCAGAGCUUACCGUUUAUCAAGUUUUCGCUACCAGUCUACUCUGUAUAUGGCAAGCCCACUGGCGCUCCAUCUUCGACCAUGUCCCUUUUGUCACUCUCAACGUUAACACAUCUAUUGCCCGUUCUCUGUCUCGCUUGGAAUCGGAAUUACAGUUUGAUUUGUAA